AAACUCUCCACAGGACACCUCGUCCAUUUCCUCUGCCAUUUCCUCUGCCUCCUAUGACACAGACAUAUUGUCUUCUCCUGAGUCCACCCCAAGAGUGUCUUCAUGGCCGCUGGUUUUCACAGUGCCCCGUUUUUCAUUUGAUGCAGAGUUACAGUUGGGGCGGGCCAAUGCUGCUUUCAAAGACACAGGUGUGUUGCUGGAGCCCGAAACAAAACUCAAGUCUUCCAUUCUUGAUGGCUUGAUUGAAACAAUUCUGCAGUUCAAGAUUUACCUCACUGAUGCUGAGUGUGCAGAUGUAGCCGAAGCUCUUGUGUCUGCACACCCUUGUCUGAGAGAGCCAGGCUCAGUCAAUGGAUAUGAUGGCUGGAAGAAAAGCUUGAAGGAUAAAUUGGGAAAUUACAGAAACAAGCUGAGACGCCUUGGAUGCCCCGAAGUUUCAGUGAAUGCCUUGACAAAUAAACCUGGUGACCGAUGCAGCCCUGCCUACGCUGUGAAAAAGCCAAAAAAAGCGGAAGUUAACUACUGCCCAGCUUAUCCAGGAGGUGAAUCAAAGGAGACCCAGGAAUUGAAACGCGUAAUGCUCUUAACAGAAAUGGAGAAAAGAAAUAAUGAGGAUCAGGUGUCAUUGCUGAUGGAUCAGACUUUUGCCCACCGACGUCAAGAGGUUGUCAGAGAUGCACCCAUGGUAGCUGAAUUCAAGGCGAGGUGGCCAGCACUCUUCAAUGUGCGUGAGCUGUGUGUGGAAUUCAAAAGAAUCACCAUAGUCAACUUGCAAUCAAAGUUUUUCUCCCAGCUGGAUGCUCAAUCUGCAAAUCUGAUGAAGGCAUUUAGCAGGAAAGGAGGUACCCUGGGAAGACGGCUGAAGCGCAUCGUAGUACCUAUGACUGAGGAUUCUGGCAUUGAUGUCCGUCGCGAAUGUGUUCUCAAGGGACUUUGUGUCUACAUGAAUGAAGACCCCGAGAGCUUUGUGAAGGAAUACAUGUCAGAUGAUGCCAGUAGUCACACGGCCAUGGCAGAGACCAUCUACGGCAUCUACGUCAUUCGACACGAGGGUGCAGAGCCUGGCGAUGCCCCAGAGGAUGUUGGCAUCAUUCUUGAGGGUGUCACUGUGCUACAGGAGCUGCGUAACGUACCAUUUGCCUUUGCCAUCUUCAUUGCUCUUGUCUAUGCUCUUAACUUGUGUUACCCAUCAGAGCAUAGGUACACGUUUGAAGCCCUCCAGAAGUUAGUUCUGGAGCUUGAUGGGAACAAGCUCUCCAAGAAAGUUCAAGCUCUGAAAACAAUUCUUGCUCGUUAA